UAGCCUUUGCAAUCUAAACCAAUUUAGGAUACCUCAAUUUAUCUUCUUCAGUGAAUCUCAAACAAUGUCUUCUUUCUCCACCACCACCACCUACACUCUCCUCCUCCUCCUCCUCCUCGCCGCCGCCAGCUCAUCUUUGACCGCAGCGGCAGAAUCCCCGAAACCGACUCCAUGGCCGCUCCAAUUCCACUCCAUUCUCCUUGUAAACUUCAGCGGGUCCCUCAGCCUAAUCGAUCUCUGGUAUGAUUGGCCCAAAGGCCGCAACUUCAACAUCAUACAAAGCCAGCUCGGCGAGCUUUUGUACGAUCUCGAGUGGAACAACGGCACCUCCUUCUUUUACACACUCGAUUCCAACAAAAAGUGCCGCUCGGCUCAGCUCGAGGUCGGGAUUCUCCGCCCUAAUUGGCUUGACGGCGCCGUUUACCUCGGCCAGGAAAACGUCGACGGUUUCCUCUGCAACGUGUGGCAGAAGGUUGAUUUCAUUUGGUAUUAUGAGGAUGUCGUUACCAAGAGGCCUGUCCAUUGGGUUUUCUACACUGGUAGAUCAAUCCAUGUAAUGACAUUUGAAGUGGGAGCUGUGCUCGAAGAUGCAAAGUGGCAAGCCCCUAUAUAUUGUUUUGACAAGAAAGACACUCAAACUGAUCUCAGACACAACUACAAGGUAGAUGUCGGCUAUUCGGAACCUCAAACAGAAGGUGUCCUAAGAGGUUCAAUGCAGCUCUGAAUGUAAAAUUCCUCGUAUUAUUAAUUUGGUUCUUGGAAUUAAUUUAUCUUUUGUCUCUACCAUAACAUCUUGUACGAAUGAUACUAGGCUAUUGUAACAUUUUUAUUGAAGUCAUUUUAAAUGGGGAAAAAAUUAUGAGAAU